CUGUGGUUUAUCAGUACCUGCCACUUAAUGAUUCAUGUCCUUCGUUUUGAGCUUCUGCAUUCGAUGAUCCUGGUUGAUGCAGAUGUAAAUGUUUUCGUCUGCACUUGGAGUUUUCGGCUAGAGGCUGGUUUGUGCGAGUGCCAAAUCUGCUGGUCAAUUUUCUUUUUUGCUGCGUUGGCUCUCAACCAAAAUACAACUGACUUGGUUGAAUGGGGACUUGUCAAGCCCCGAGCUCGAAUAAAUUAUAAAGGUUGCGAAAGAUUUGGAGUAUGCUUGCGUGACUAGACCUGUGUGGGUUUGAUCUGAGGGAUUGACACACAGCGAUUGACUGAAGUGUGAGAAGUCGAAGGCAUUUGGGUGUGAAUAAUGGCAGAGCAAAGACUUAGGGGAGGGGCGUGGGGUGUGGUUUUAUUGCUAGUGAGGUUGAUGAGCUUGCUCCAUGGAACGAAAGCAUUGAGAGUAGGAUUUUACAACAACAUCUGCCCUGGCACUGAAACGAUUGUCAGGCAAGUAGUGGAGAAUAGGUUCAGUAGGGACCAGUCCAUUACGCCCGCUCUUCUACGGCUCUUCUUCCACGACUGCUUUGUCACGGGGUGCGAUGCUUCGUUGUUGAUAAACAGCACACCCACUAAUUCAGCAGAGAAAGACGCAGGGGCGAACCUGACUGUCCGCGGUUUCGAUCUCAUUGACACCGCCAAAGCUGCCGUGGAGAGGGUCUGCCCUGGCAUGGUGUCUUGCGCGGACAUCAUCGCAUUGGCAACCAGAGACGCCGUCAGGCUGUCUGGAGGACCGAAUUUCGCAAUGCCGACUGGUCGUAGAGAUGGGCGCGUCUCCAGAGCUGACAAUGUGAACUUGCCAGGCCCAACCGUGAGCGUGGCGGAUGCCACCAGGAUUUUUAAUGCCCAAGGUUUGACAAGGAACGACAUGGUCACCCUUCUCGGAGCUCACUCUGUCGGCAUCACACACUGCAGCUUCUUCCAUGAACGGCUCUGGAACUUCGAGGGAACUGGCAGUGCUGACCCAUCCAUGGACCCCAACCUCGUGAUGCGUCUCAAGGCGAUCUGUCCGCAACAAGGAGUUGGACUGGGGAGUCCCGUGAACCUUGACCAAGCCACGCCCAACAUCAUGGACAAUACGUUCUACAACCAGUUGAUCGCAAGGAAGGGCAUCUUGCAGCUGGACCAACGAGUGGCCACCGACAGGACCACUACAGCCCGAGUCAAUGUCCUCGCAUCACCCCGGUCUACUUUCACAGCCGCUUUUGCGGCCUCACUCAUCAGGCUCGGCAAUGUGAGGGUGAUUGAAGGAAGCGGUGGAGAAAUCCGCAAGAUUUGCAGCAGAAUUAACUAGUCUAGUUACAUCACUGAAAUUGAUAGUUUAACAUAUGAUUGUAGGAAAUGGUGCUAGCGAAAUGGACCUUUGCUAUCUGAAAAAUCUAAAUAGUUUGAUACCGAAGUUUUCCAUUCAAUUCUUAAUCAAAACAUUGAUGGAUAAGCAUGGCAAUCACUAGUCCAGGAAUACACAAAUAAGAGUGGUUGGAGACAUAUAGAAGCAAAUGUUCAUUUUCAUCUUGGUUGCAAUCUGAUAAACAGAUUUGACGCUUUUAAUAUUGAACCAUAUCGUUUUUAUUCGUC